AUGGACCCGGCCUCCGAGGAGCUCGAGCGCCGCAGCCGCUACCUGAGCGCGCUCGUGCGCCGCACCAAGCUCGCCGACCCGCCGCAGCCCGAGCCGGAGGUGGUGGAGGCCAAGGCGGAUGUGGAGCCGGAGCUGAAGGCGCCGCCGCGCCCGCACGUCGGCGGCGAGGGUAAGGGAGGGAAGGAGGAGGCGGCCAAGGCGGAGGAGAAGGAGAGGACGGCGGUGGCGGUGAAGGCCGUCAGGGGGGAAGUGAAGACGGCGGAGGGGAGGAAGGUGGCCGUGUGCGUGCGUGCGGCGGACAUGCCGCUGCCGCUGCAGCGGCGCGCGGUCCGGAUCGCCGUCGAGGCCGUCGCCGCAAUGCCGCGGCUCGAGAGCAAGCGCCUCGCGCUCGCGCUCAAGAAGGAUUUCGAUACAACAUAUGGGCCUGCAUGGCACUGCAUUGUCGGCACAAGCUUUGGUUCCUAUGUCACUCACUCAUUGGGAGGUUUCUUGUACUUCUCCGUUGACAAGGUCUACAUUCUUCUCUUCAGAACUGCCGUCCAGCCACUUGCUCAGCCGCAAUGA